AUGGAACAAAGGUUAAGAAUAGACAAUUUAACAAAUGAAAAAGAGGGAGAAAGUGUUUUAAAAUUACCAAACAACACAUUUUCCAAUUUUACUAGUAACUUUAAUUUUUAUAAUCAAAACAACCCAAAUAAAAAUAUAAAUAAUAGUAAUAGUAAUAAUAAUAUUAAAAGUUUCGGUUACAAUUAUAAUUAUAAUAACAACAAUAAUAAUAAUAAUUUUAAUAAAAACAAUAACAAUAACUAUUCUUAUAGUAAUAUUGCAUAUAGUAAUAAUAAUAAUAGUAACAGUCAUAGUAAAAAUAGUAAUUUAAAUGAUGUUAAUAGUAACCUUGACGAAGAUGAAAUUUCUCUAAAGUAUAAAGAAUUUCUAAAAUUCCUCGAAUCACAUAAUCUCAAUAACCUAUCUCAAAAUAAUGAUGGAUUUGUGCAGUUCCAAUUAAUUUUACAGUUUCUAAAAUUACAAAAACAACAAAAACAACAAAAAUUACAAAUCCAGCAACAACAGCAACAACAAAACUUUAUACAACAAAAUCAAUCAUUUAAAGCAUCGUACCCUUCACAUUCACAAUCGUUUCAAUCACAAUACCCAUAUGGUUUAAAUAAACCAAUGUACCCUUCGCAGGCUCAACAUACUUCAUCACCACAUAAUAAAAAUAAUUUAUUUCAAAAUUUUAAUAAUCCAUACCAAACCAAUGAUAUAGAAGAAGUUAAACAACAACAAAUAAACCAAAAUGCACAACAUCAAUUUAAUAAUAAUGUUUUUGAUAGAUAUGAAAAUUUAAAAUCAUCAGUAGAGUCAACAAGCUAUCAACCAAACCCACCCAAUUUGAUACAAUCUUCAUUGCCACUGCCACAGUCCCCUGUUGUACAACUCCAAUCCCCCCAAUCUUUAAAACCUCAACCAAAACAUCAAAAUUAUUUUCAAAAACAACUUCAAAGUCAGCUUCAAAACCAACAAUUUCAUCAACAACAACAAAGAUUUAGUAUUAUAAAUACAAUGAAUAAUAAUAAUAAUACCAAUAUCAAUAACAAUAACAAUAUCAAUAUUAAUAACAAUAAUUUUAAUAUUAACAGCAUUAAUAAUAAUAAUACAAAUAUAAAUAAUAAUAGUAUUAAAAAUGAAGUGGAAGAAAGUGAGGAUGAUAUUGAUGAUUCUUCAAGUACUGCAAGUAGUAGCGGUAUAAUAUAUAAUAAUAAUAUUAAAAAUAAUUUUAAACAAAAACUAUUGUUUUUUAAAGAAAAGAAUUUAAUUGAUGAAGAAAAUAAUGAUACAGAUUUUGUUAAUGAAAAUAAUAACAAUAAUAAUAACAACACCAACAACAACAACAAUAAUAAUAAUAAUAAUAAUAAUAAUAAUAAUAAAUAUAAUAAUAAUAAUAACAAUAAUAAUUAUAAUGACGAAAUAAAAAAUGAAAUAAAUGAAGAAAAUGAAGAAAUUGAAGAAAUUGAAAUUAAAAAAAUUAUAAAUUUAAAAAAACAAAAAAACUCAAAAGUAGAAUCUAUAUCAACAAAUGAAACCGAUAAAAAACUUUCAUCAUUGGUAGAAUAUAAUUUAGAUAAAAAGAAGCAAAUAAUUGAAGGUAAAAAUUGUAAAAAAAAUAAAGAUGAGGAAGAUUUGGAGGAAAAGAGGUUAAAAUAUCAACACCGAAUAUCAACAAAUACAAAAUCAAUAGAAAAUGAAGAAAAAAUUGAAGAUUAUUCAAGUAUAUUCAAAAAAUUAAAAGAAGAAAAUAGUUUUAAUGAUAUUAUCAAUUUUACUGAAGAAGAAAUUAUCAUAAUAUUGAAUGCAACACGUCAUUAUUUUUCAGAUUUCAAAAAAAACAAAUUCAACAAUCUAGAUAAGCUCCUCUUAUAUAUGGCAUUUAGCAAAACUGGAUCAUCUACAACCCAUAUUAGCAAGAUGUUUAAUGUAACUCAAGUAACUAUUAGUAGAGUAGUCCAAAAGAUUCGUACUGUUGUAGAAAAAAUGUCAAAAAAAGAUUUACCCUUUCAAAUUUUCAGACCCGGAUCUAAUGGUGGUAAUAAUCCUUACCAAAUAGGGUUGGUUGUAGACUGUAUAACAAUUAAAACAACAAUAGCAGACUCUAAAAAGGAUGAAUAUUUUGAUGAGGAUUCAAAUAUAUGCGGUGUUAAAUUUAUGGUUGCAGUUCAAUUCACAGAACCACAUUACUCAAUUUUCGUAUCCAAUCCAUAUUUGGGAUCAAUAUCACAACAAGAUAUUUUUAAUCAAGAAAAAGCAAAUUUAAAACAAUAUUUAAAAAAAGAAAAACCAAGUGAAUUCGAUCCAUUAUCAAACUAUAAAGAGUGGGGUGUAUUGACAUUUUAUUCACCAGAUUCAAACGAUACAUCUAAAGAAGAUCCAGAGUUACGUGUAAUCAAUGUAUUUGAAAAUAGAAAGGAACUAAUGGAGCAUAAGAAAAUCAUAGAUAAAUACUUGGGAAGACUCUAUGACCUUUGGGGAAUUACAGGAAACUAUAGACUUGAUCAACGUUAUAUUGAAAUUGAUUUUAAAAAUUUAAUUUGGUUAACAAAUGUCCAUGUUCAAAAAGACGAUUUAAAUCAAAAUGAUUUAUUAUUUUUCCAUCACUUUAAAAAAACUUUGGCAGAAUCAGAUAAAAGAAUUACAAAAAGUAAAAAGAAAGAAAAGAAAAGAAAAUUAGAAGAAGCAAAAAAAAGAGAAUUAAAUUAUGAAUUUGAUUUAAAUGACAAUGAAAGUGAAAGUGAAACCGAGUUUACUUUUAUAAAUAAAAAAAAUAGAAUGAAUAUAAAGCAACAAUCAAAUAGUAAUAAUAAUAAUAAUAAUAAUAAUAAUAAAAAUAAUAAAAAUAAAAAUAUAGAUAUUAAAAAAGAAAUUAAUAAUAAUAGUAAUAACAUCAGUAAUAUAGAUAAUAAUACUUCAAAUUUUAUAGGCUAUUGUAAAAACAAUAGUAAUAAUGAUUUAAAUAAUAAUAAUAAAAAUCAAAAAUCCAAUUUAAAAAAUAAUAAUAAUAGCGAGGAAGAAGACGAUGACAGUAAUGAUAAUGAUGAUUUUAAUAAUUCAAUUGUUUAUAAUAAAAAUAAAAUAUACCAACAAAGACCAAAAAGAAAUUUAAAUAUAUCACCAGAAACCUCGAGCAAUAGCUUUACCCCAACAGAUAAAAAAAAUAAAAACCAUUAA